AAGGCAGGCUGUGCUGUACUAUACAACCAUUGGGAUAUCUGUCUCAUCUUAAAAAUCUGGUUUCUCUGUUAGCACAGGAGGUUUUUAACAUGAAGGUCUUCUCAACCUCUCUCUGCUUUGGACUCCUGGCUUUGUUGUCUGUGAUGAACCUUUUAAAAUCUGCACAUGGACAAUCACAUCUGAUCUCAGGACAUGAGCUGUUUCCAGCUAAGGAACACACAAUUCAUGAGAAACUCCUGCAGGCUCUGCUGAGCCGCAACCCCCGUUUCCAGAGGACCUCCCACGCUGGUGUCGAUCUGCCCAGCAAACCAGAAGACCUUAGACAGCUAAAGAAGCUGAAAGAGGGGUUUAUGAAGGCAAAGAAUGCUGAGCUGCCCCAUGCUGUAGAUGCUGUAGACAAUAAUAUAUCCUCUUUCCAUACUAAUAAACGAGCUUGCUUUUGGAAAUACUGUGUCUGAGUCUUCUCUGGAUAUCCAAAAGGAAAGAACACUUAGGUAGAUUGAUAUUCUCUUGCUCAACGUUUAUCUUUGUAUUAAGCGUUAAGAAACUGGCUCUUACUCUGCACAUCACUUUUCUCACUUUCUCACCUGCUCCUGCCUGGGUAAUGGUUUGCUGAACGCUCAUGGGGUAAAGAGAGACAAUGGCUACGCUCUGGAAUGGAACUGACCACCAAAAUGGCUUUGAGCUGAAACUGAAAGUGUUUGAUUUAUUGUAUAACUUCUCUCUCUCUCUCUCUCUCUCUCUCUCUCUCUCUCUCUCUCUCUCUCCCUCAAUGCUUUCAAUGCUUUGUUGUUGGCUGUCAAUAAAAAUAUUUUGAA